AUUUCUGUAAUUUGGGAUAGCAAAAUUAGUUAAUUUUAACCAAUAAAAUAAAUAAGAAAAUAUUAAUAAACUCCUCAAAAAUCUACACAUUUAGGCUAUUACCUAGGUACAAAGGAUUUUUAAGGAAGAAGUUCUUGCCAAUGGUGGAUUCCAAUAACUGAUGUUCUUUUAUUAACUAUAAAAAGCCUUUCAGUUAAUUACACCCCAAAUAAAAUGUUUUUAUAGGGAAAAAUAGAUUUUCAGUGUAAUAUGAAAAUAUUCUGGGAUCUGCUUACACAAUUACUAAAAUAUUAAGUUCAGAAAUUACUGGAUAAGAGUAUAUAGAAACCAUAUUUUGAUUUUAUUCUUGUUUUUCCUAAUAUAUGAUGGGAUUUGUACUUCCCUGACCUAUCCACAGAGCCUUGAAAAUAAUUUAGAGCUCAGUUGUUUCAUUUGAAUUUAUGUAUAAAUUGAAAUAUACUAUUUAUUUUUACCGAUGAUGCAUUUGACAGAAUAACUGGAAAAGUGUAAUUCUACAAUAAAAAAUUUAAAAAGGUAAUGGUAAGAUAUGACUUGCAUUUGAAUACGAUAAUUAUUCAGAGGUGGCUGUCUUGCCAUUUUUUCCAGAAUGCUUCUGGUUUUAAUGAUUUGCAAAAGUUUACUGGUGGACAGUAAACGCGGUGUGUCGUCCCCCAUACCCCCCUCCCCCGCUGCUGCCUCUGCCGCCUCCACACACAAAGUAUACUGAACUUAUUGCUCUGAAAAUUGCUGUUGAGUGGUUGAGUGAGUUGAAUAAAUGAGUCUUUUAGAAGUGACUACAGAAGUCGUUACAUUUAGGAAUGAAGCAGGGGUGGGGGGAACCUGGUAAAAAUGCAUUUUUAUAAAGAUAUCGGGAAAGGUCCGAAAUUACAUGCGGGUCCUUUAAGAUGUAGGGGAGCCGCUACCCAACAGCUCCAAAGAAUUGUAGGGCGAAGUGAGAAGAUGGCAGGUCUUGAUUGGUUAGAGACAGCUGCAUCCUGGCAGGUGAUUGGCUCCACAGUUGCAUGGGGCUGCUUGUGUCGUCACAAUCCCAGCAUUCCGUUGUAGCCAUCGUAGCCGUUGUAGCCUGCCUGUGGAACUCGCGGAACUUGCUGACGGGAGCCAAACCCCACCUCCUCGUCUGCCGGAGCUGCCCUUAAAAUGAGUAAGAAUGGGUUUGGGAGCUAUGGCGGCAUCUCUGCUGCAGGUGGAGCCAUCGGAAGCAAUGACCCACCGUCUCAGGGCAGGGUAGCUCUUGCUUUUAAGUCCAUACGAUACAGGUCCCGAAUCCAGGAUAUUAUACCUUGCUGUGUAAACCAGCUGCUCACCUCCAUUGUGAUUGAUAAUGUCUUCACGAUUAGGGGAAUCGAGGUUUCCCUAGUCGCUAUCAUGGGGAUAAUCAGGCAGGCAGAGACGGCUACAAAUUACGUUCUUUACAAGAUUGAUGAUAUGACCACCAAGCCUAUCAACGUCCGCCAGUGGGUCGGCAGAGAUAGAGCAAAGCAGGGGAUAACUCUCCUUCCAGUGAGAGUAUACGCCAAAGUGUUAGGUAUCCUCAAAUGUUCUGCGGAGGUGAAGAGCCUUGAGGUGUUGAAAAUCCGUGUCCUGGAGGACAUGAACGAGUUCACCACACAUAUUCUAGAAACGGUUAACGCGCACAUGAUGCUGGAUAAAGUGGCCUCUGGGCAAAGUGUCCCUGUUGUUCCCUCAGAAAUGGAUGAGGCCCAGAUGCACAGCGAGUACCACCCCGACUUCAUCCGGAAGGAGGUGCUGCGUUUGAUUCAGGAGUGUCCUCGAUAGGAAGGCAAGAGCGUUCGUGAGCUCCAGACCAAGCUUAGCAACCUGAGCAUCGGGACCGUCAAUCAAGCCAUUGAGUAUCUGACCGUCAAGGGCCACAUCUACCCCACUGUGGAUGGGGAGCAUUUUAAAUCUGCUGAUUGAAGCAGUGAAAACUUUUUUCAUUUUCUGAAGACGCUGCCUCCAGUUGUGACUGAGUUUGACUGUUUGACUUUUAGGAAGUAGAUUUCUUUAAACAAAAGAUUGGAACUGGCAUCCUUUUGGAACUUCACUGCUUUUCCAACUGCUUUGAACUUUUCUAUUUUUCUAACUAUAUUUGAAGCUCAGAGGGAGAUGGCGAUGGAUAAAUUGACUGGCCUUUUUGUAGAGUUUACCAGCAAGCAAAUGAAAACACUCUUGGACAGAUGAUUUUGGGGGAGAAAAGGUAUAGAAAAUUGAAAAUUAUUAGUUGCAUGGGAGCUUCUUCUGAAAUACCUACAUAUUAGGAGAAAGUACAUGCAGUCAAGGAGCCAGUUAAGAGACAAAAAAAUAUUCUUGUUUUUACAUUAGACUUAUUUUCUAUGUUUGGAUUUAGCAUAUUAUAGUCAUAUUAGUAUCUCUUGCUAAAUAUAGUAGUUGAUUAAUUCAGAUGUGCUAAAGAUAGCAGUUUAUGAAUUCAGGCACUCAGUUCAAAUGUUCAUUUAGUGAUUUGCUCUUACACUGUAGGUUUAUGUUUUUUUAAAAGAUAAGAUUAUACUAUGUUUAAAUGGGAGGGUCAGCUUUGACUUUUUUCUUAAAAUAUGAUUAAUGAUUGUUUCAAAUACAAUAUGGAGAUAUUUGGAUUAAAUUACAAUCUCUUGCAGUUGCAUAGUACAGAUACCAGACUUUAUGUAAGUUUCAUGCUCUGAUGUAUUAUUUAUAGUACUAAAUGCUCUGUUUUAUGUAUAAGAAGGUUUUAUUCUUGUAGGGUAGACAAACAAAAAGUAAUAAUAGGAAUUUUAUUAAACUUUGCAAGUUUAACCAAAAUUUAUUUAAACAUUUUAUUAAAGCAAUUUUGCAAAUCUUUACCUCCUGUGUGAUAUUUUUCUAAAUUCAUUUGAAAAGCCUAUAGUUUUGUUUUUGAAUAUUAAUAUUGUAAUUAUCCAGAAUAAUUUUUUCUCUUCUCUAUAUGAUAUCAAUAACAUACAUCUAUUUGUAAUAAUACAUUUUAGUAUAGGUUAUAUGACUUAUGUGAGGCUUUUAAAUAAUUGAACACACUAAGCACUCAGUUGUACAUACACUGAAGAUGGUAUCUUUCAAGUUACUAUCUCUGUUACAUUAGUGGAAAGAAAAAAUAUAUACAUUCAUAUAGGUAGAAGAGAAAAGCAUUACUUGUCUCAAUCACAAAAAGAAGGUGCAAAAACAGAAAAUCUCUUAAAAGCCAACAAUCCAUACUGUUAGAAUGUGGCGUCUUUUUGCCAGUUCUUAGGAAAACUUAUCAACAGUUCUUGCUUAAGCUUCCUGAGGCAUAAAUUUAACUUUUCUUCCCUUCAAAAGCAAGGAAGUCAUAAAUGACACUCUUUUGAAAACCACAAAUGGUUAACAUACUAUGAACGUGUUUGUUAUUUAAAUUAUCAGACAUCUUUCCAAAUUCUAGUCUUCAUAAACAUAAGAAAUUCUGAACUACUCUUUGUCGAAAAGGUUGCCUGCCCUGGGAAAAUCAUACUGAAGGAGAGACAGAUGAGGGGCAUAUUUCUUCCUCAAGAUGUCAGUGCGG